GUGCUUCUGCACGCUGGCUGAGAGCUAUCACUUAUUGCGUUGCAGUUGUUGUCCUUUCUGACCAGAAUUAAACGGCAAACUUUAUACUUUUUACCGUUAUAACCACAGAAAUGGCUGAUUCACAAGACGACAAGCUCUACAAAGCCGAGUAUGCAAAAAGUGGACGCGCUUCUUGCAAGAAAUGCAAAGAAAACAUUGCCAAGGACUCGCUGAGAAUGGCCAUCAUGGUGCAGUCUCCCAUGUUUGAUGGAAAAGUGCCUCACUGGCACCAUUUUUCCUGCUUUUGGCUCCGGGCUGCAGUACAAUCAACUGCCGACAUAUCUGGAUUUACUAACCUCCGAUGGGAUGACCAGGAGAAAGUCAAGAAAGCCAUUGAGACUGGAGGUGCCACUGGAGGGAAAGGAGAGCAGAAGGGAGCAGCUAAAGGCGAAAAGACACUUAAUGACUUUGCUGUGGAGUAUGCCAAAUCUAACAGAAGCACCUGCAAGGGGUGUGAUCAGAAAAUCGAAAAGGACCAUAUCCGUGUAUCAAAGAAGACAGUGGAUCCAGAAAAGCCUCAGCUGGGUCUGAUAGAUCGCUGGUACCAUACGGGCUGCUUUGUGAGCCGCCGUGAAGAUCUGGUGUUUAAACCAGAGUACAGUGCUGCCCAGCUCAAAGGUUUCGCUGCAUUACGAGAUGAAGACAAGGAGGAGCUGAAGAAGAGACUUCCUGCAGUGAAGAAUGAAGGGAAAAGGAAGGCAGAUGAUGUAGAUGGUGAAGCAGCCUCCAAGAAACAGAAGAAAGAAGAUGACAAACUCGAGAUGAAACUGAAGGAGCAAAGCCAGCUGAUCUGGGGAAUUAAGGACAGACUGAAGAAAUAUUGCUCUGUCAAUGACAUGAAGGAACUGCUUAUUGCUAACAACCAGGAAGUGCCCUCUGGGGAGUCAAAUAUUUUAGACUGCCUAUCAGAUUGCAUGGCCUUUGGGUCUCUGAAGCCUUGUGAAACAUGCAAAGGGCAGCUUGUGUUUAAGAGUGAUGCGUACUACUGCACUGGAGACAUCUCCGCAUGGACCAAGUGUGUAUUCAAGACCCAGACGCCUGAUCGCAAAAACUGGGUCACUCCUAAGGAGUUCAGUGAAAUUCCGUUUCUGAAGAAGUUUAAGUUUAAGAGGCAGGACCGUGUCUUCCCCAAAGAGGUCCCCACUGCAGCCCCCAUCCCCUCGUCCACUGCUACUACAGCCACUCCUAGCAUGUCCACUGCCACCAGUAAUAACCUCACUGAGGUGCCUGCAGAUAAGCCUCUGACAGGACUGAAGCUUUUGGCUGUGGGGAAACUCCGUAAGAACAAAGAUGAGCUGAAAGCUGCAGUGGAAGAACUGGGUGGAAAGAUCACAGGCACUGCCAACAAAGCAGCUCUCUGCAUCAGCAGCAAAAAGGAGAUUGAGAAAAUGAGUAAGAAGAUGGAGGAAGUGAGGGACGCAGGUGUGCGUGUGGUGGCAGAGGACUUCCUCGCUGACAUCAAGGAGUCCGGCAAGGCCCUUCAGGAGCUCAUCUCCCUGCACGGCAUCUCCCCCUGGGCGGCUGAAGUUAAAGUCGAGCCCCAGGCUGUAGCUGCGGCCUCCAAGUCCACUGGAGCUCAUUCCUCAAAGAGCAAAGAGGAAGAAGGUAGAAGGAAGGAAGAAGGUGGAAACAAAUCAAAGAAAAUUAAACUGACAGUGAAAGGAGGAGCAGCUGUAGAUCCAGACUCUGGUCUGGAGAACUGUGCUCAUGUACUGGAUCAGAAUGGGAAGAUUUACAGUGCCACACUGGGUCUUGUGGACAUCAUCAGGGGGACAAACUCGUACUACAAACUACAGAUGCUGGAGGAUGAUGUAAAGAAACGGUACUGGGUGUUCAGGUCAUGGGGUCGAGUCGGCACUACCAUUGGGGGAAACAAACUGGACAAGUUUUAUGACAAGAACUCAGCCAUGGAAAAUUUCUGCAGUGUUUAUGAGGAGAAGACGGGGAAUUCCUGGACCUCCACCAGCUUCACCAAAUACCCCAACAAGUUUUACCCUCUUGAGAUUGACUAUGGACAGGAUGAAGAGGCUGUAAAGAAGCUAACUGAAAGUGCAGGUCUCAAAUCCCAGCUGGCCAAACCCGUCCAAGACCUCAUCAGAAUGAUCUUUGAUGUGGAGAGCAUGAAGAAAGCCAUGGUUGAGUUCGAGAUUGACCUGCAGAAGAUGCCUUUGGGAAAACUCAGUAAGCGACAGAUCCAGAGUGCCUAUUCCCUCCUGAGUGAGGUCCAGCAGGCUGUUGCAGAUAAUGCUUCACAGCCACUGAUCUUAGACCUGUCCAAUCGCUUCUACACACUGAUACCCCAUGAUUUCGGCAUGAAGAAACCACCACUGUUGAGUAACCUGGACUACAUACAGCAAAAAGUGCAAAUGCUGGACAAUCUGUUGGACAUUGAGGUGGCCUACAGCCUGCUACGGGGCGGAGUAGAGGACAAUAAGAAAGAUCCCAUUGACAUCAACUAUGAGAAACUCAAAACCAAAAUUGAGGUGGUUGAUAAAUCUUCCGAUGAGGCUCAGCUUAUCAUUGAAUAUGUGAAGAACACACACGCUGCUACUCACAAUACCUACACACUCGAUGUUGAGGAGAUCUUUAAGAUCGACAGGGAGGGUGAGUAUCAUCGUUAUCGCCCCUUCAAAGAUUUACCAAAUCGACAGCUGUUGUGGCACGGCUCCCGUGCUACCAACUACGCAGGUAUCCUGUCUCAGGGUCUUCGUAUCGCUCCUCCCGAGGCUCCUGUGACAGGUUACAUGUUUGGCAAAGGUUUAUACUUUGCUGACAUGGUGUCAAAGAGCGCCAACUACUGUCACACCUCCCAGGCUGAUCCAGUUGGUCUCGUUCUGUUAGGAGAGGUUGCCCUUGGAAACAUGCAUGAACUGAAGAAGGCCUCACAUAUUACAAAGUUACCAAAGGGUAAACACAGUGUGAAAGGUUUGGGAAGAACUGCUCCAGACCCAAGAGCCACCGUUUCAAUGAAUGGAGUGGACGUUCCUUUGGGCAAAGGCAUCAAUACAAAUAUUGAUGACACAAGUCUGCUCUACAACGAGUAUAUUGUGUAUGAUGUUGCUCAGGUUAACCUGAAAUACCUGCUGAAGAUUCGCUUCAACUACCAAACCUCUCUCUGGUGAGAUAAUGGGUCGUAUCUGUCUGUCUGGACAGGCUCCAGAAUGCCUCUGGAGCCCACUGCUACAGCUUUAGCACCAUGAGCAGGCAGCCGAUGUUUUGGCAAGUUAUUAAAUCAAUUCUUUAGCGCUUCGGCAGCAACAGUCCAAGCUGCUCUAGUCUGUUAGUUUGGAGUAAGUUAAAGGGAUAGUUCACCCAAAAAUUAAAAUUCUCAUCAUUUACUCACCCUCGUGCCAUCUCAGAUGUGUAUGACUUUCUUCUGCAGAACACAAAGGAAGACUUUUAGAAGAAUAUCUCAGCUCUGGAGAUCCAUAAAAUGCAAAUGAAUGGUGACCAAAUCUUUGAAUCUCCAAAAAGGCAGCAAUAAAGUAAUCCAUACAACUCCAGUGGUUUAGUCCAUGUCUUCUAAAGCAAUCCAAUCGGUUUUGAGUGAGCACAGACUAAAAUAUAACUCCUUUUUUACUAUAAAUCUUGACAUCAGCAGUCUCCUUAGCGAUCAUGAUUUCAAGCUCGAUUACAUUUCCUAGCUCCAUUUAGCACUCUGUGUAUGCAUCAAGCGUUAGGAAGUGUAAUUGAGCUUGAAAUCACGAUCAUGCCUAGAGACUGCAACUGUAAGAUGUACAGUGAAAAAGGAGUCAUAUUUGUGUCUGUUCUCACCCAAAACAGAUUAGAUUGCUUAAAACAUGGAUUAAACCACCGGAGUUGUAAGGAGUUUUUUUUUUUUUUUGGAGCUUCAAAGUUUUGGUACCCAUUCACUUGUAUUUUAUGGACCUACAGAGCUGGAAUAUUCUUCUAAAAAUCUUUGUGUUCAGCAGAUGAAACAGAGUCAUACACAUAUGGGUUGUCAUGAGGGUAAAUGAUGAGAGAAUUUUCAUUUUUGGGGGAACUAUUACUUUAAGUGGCUUUUUCAAAAUAUUGAUUUGCAAUCACAAACUGUAACAUUCUCAUUUCGCUGUUAAAGCUUUUUUUUUUGUUUUUGUUUUUUUAAGAUAUAUUAACAGAAAUUAUUUGACUUAUCUGUGGAGAUAUUUCUCAUAAGCUACCAAUAAUAUAAGGUAGAAAGUCUUCCAUUGCUUUAAUAGACCUUUUCUUUUAUAGAUUUUGGUAAACCUGACAUCAGGUUGACUAACUGCUAUGUCUGACAUAACUAGUAUUCAGUGUUUUCAAGGUCUUCUCAGUAUUGAAAAGAGAAAAUGUACAGUUUUUAGAAAGUUUUGUUGUAAGCUAGAAUAUAGCCUGCCUAAGUAACCUUUUACUAGAAUUGCCAAUGUUUGGACAUAGACAAUUAUUUUGUAUGUUAAGUGUAUUGUCCCAGUUUUGUUUUUCAUUUAUUUGUCCAUCUCUUUACUAAGACUAAAAAACACCACUUUGUUCAACUAAAAUGGCAAUGAAAAGCUAAGUGCAAUGGUUGCUGCUGUACUCGUGCCCCUGUGAAUUUGUUUUAUUUUUGUUUGGUCAGCAUUGCUCUACAAAUGUUCCAUGGACAAGAAGCUGUGUGCAUCCUGACUAAUGUAUUUGCAUCACAAAUAAACGGUUUUGGCUUAUUA